UUGAGCACUGCGCCCGGUGAAGAGGGUGGGGCAUGAAAAGACGCACUCUUUGGCUGCGCUUCGCGUCAUCUCAACCCAAAUAAUUUGCUAUAGAAGGAAAGCGAAGUGGACCUACCGUUUUCUAUGAAUUUGGUCUGCACACGAAGUACUGUCUAGUAGCUACAUUUGUUAAUAUGGCUUGUUUUCUGUGUUUAUUGUAAAAGGUCGCGCGCGCAAGAAAAGGAAUUUCAUCAACGAUUUUUGCGUUGAGAUUGCGUUGUUUGUUAAAAUUGUGACGGUAUGCAGACAGGAUUUGUAAUUUGAGCACUGUAUUCGAGAGUACUUUCCCGAAGGGAUAUACAUGUUUUACUUUGGCACCCAAGGAAUGAUUUGAAUCCAAUCAAAAUGGCAUCGAUUUAAAGAUUAUCUUCAUUUUGGGAGCUGCCGCUGAGCAGAACCAUUCAGGCACUGAUACACUGAAGUGGUCAGGUUUUUCCUAAUCAGAAUCCUGUUUGGGAGAUGGAGGUGAUUCGUCGCUCUUCUGUGUUUGCAGCCGGGGUGAUGGAGGCCUUUGAUCAUUCCCCGUCAGACAAAGAACUGGUGUCCAAGUCCAAGGCACUGUGUAGGGACUACAUACACUCUAGGCUCAACCUCUAUGGGCUAGGCUCGUCCAAAACUCAGGUGGACUCAACGCUUUGUGAUGUGGCUGCUGUGCUUCUCUGUCUCGGUGAUGAGCUGGAGUGCAUGCGGCCCAGUGUCUACCGGAACGUGGCGAGACAGCUCAACAUCUCAGUAGCCAUGGAGACCAUGGUUUCUGAUGCCUUCGUUGCCGUGGCAACAGAGAUAUUCGCAGCAGCUCACAUUCCGUCACUAGUACACACAGUUUCUGCUAUGGAUCAUGUCACUAAAGAGCGAAAAGGUAUCACAUGGGGGAAGGUGGUAUCUAUGUAUGCCGUGGCUGGGGCUCUGGCGGUGGACUGCGUGCGACAGAACCAGCCAGCUACGGUCCAAACCAUAGUGGACAGCCUGGGCCAGUUUGUCCGCAAGAACCUGGCCCCUUGGCUGAAGAAACGCGGAGGAUGGACGGACAUUAAGAGGUGUGUGGUGAAGUUAGAUGCCGUUCCUCAGACCCAUUGGCUGUCUCCCAUUGCCCAAUCCUGCAAGCACUUUCUAUCAACACUGUACAUCUACAUUAUGAAGGAGCCAUGAGACUUGGAAGAAUUCAGGUUGAAAGAACACGCGCUUGAAGUCCUGACAUUUUCUGGAAGAUUGAUGGCUGUCUAAACAGUGACUUUCCUUCUUGCCAAGUACAAGUCACAGUAUCACAUUUGUACAAUCAAACAAUGACUGCUCUUCUUCCAAAGAGUAGUGAGUAAAUUUAAUGUGGGUAGUUCCACCAAUUAGGUGCCCUUUUUUACUGCAACCUAAUUAAAUGUCAUUAGAGAAGAUGAUCAACUUAAGAAAAUUCCACCCAAAGUCUUGGUAUUUGUUUCAUUAGACUAUUGUUGAGUCCCAAAAUGUUUUGCAUGUCAACAAUAAAGUUUGAUGUAUAACUUUCCAAAUACAGAAAUGUAGCCCGUAUGAUGCAUCAGACUACAAGUCAAAAUGCUGAAUGUCAUUUUCCAUGUGGUCUAUAUUAAAGGGCACUUAAUUUAACAGGCUUUUAAAAUGUAAUUUGUGCACAAUUAAAAUAUCAAAGGGACGCAAAGGAACUUUGGAACAACCCAUUCGCUUAAGAUGAUCAACUUUUGCUCAAUGUACAGAACCAUGUAUCUUUCAGUGUCGUAAUGCAUUUUCCACUACUGUGUCGGAGUGAGUACUGUGGUAGGUGCUCAUACCGCUGAAGUGAGAUCCAGUCUGACACCUACAGCAUAUCAUCUCUGGGACUUUACACUGAAGAAAUUGACAAUAAAUCCAAUGAUUGUUUUGCUGCACCACUGUAGAGGACAUGAAUUGUAUGAUGAGCUAUUCAUGUUGUGGGAUGCAACAGUCUAGCCAGGCUUUGCACACUUUACACUGCUGAAUUUGCUAACAGAUGGAACAGAACGUUAACCUUGCAUUUGUUGCAAUGUUUUGCUAUGGUGUGCACUAAUGAAUACUCCCGUUGAUUACAGGACAGAACGAUGCCCAUGGGGGAUAUUUUAGAAUGUUGGAUCUUUUUAAAUCUUAAUGUAUUUUAUUCCGAUACUGUAGUGAUGAUUGAAUCUAAAAGUAUCUUUCCUGUGGUCCAGUUUACUUAUUGUGCUGUAUAUACUUUCAUAUGCAAAAUAAACUUUUAAACACUA